CAAGUUGGCCAGGCCGUUUGUUGCCCCCGUCCCCUGCAUACAAACCGAAACCGAAACCAAAUAUCGAGAUCGAGAUCGAGUCCAAGCGGGAAACGCUCCCAGUUGCCAGUGCCCAGGACCAGGAAGCCAAGACCAUAGCUGUGCCCUGUGGGCGAGAGCGAGGCAGAGAGAAAGAGAGCAAACAGUGUUCAGUGUUCACUGUUCAGUUUGUUUUUGUUGCUGUGGUGUGAGUGAGUCAUGACGUUUCGGACGGCGUAGAAAAAGCCAGUUAACCGUCGUGCAUUGCAUAAAGCGGGAGCAGCCGCCCUUGCAUUCCAGGACAGGAUCCCAAACGAUCCGAUUCGCUCUGAAUCCCCAGUGGCCGUGGCCGCCAGGACCUGCAACAGCUGCGCCCAGUCCAUACAAACACACACACACACACACAUUUGCGCACAGGAGCAGUGGCACCGAGUGUCACACACCACACAAACACACACACCGACGCACGGGCACAGCCACAGCGCACGCACACAAUCGCAGCAGGCCGUCUGUCGUCACAGUUGGCUACACUUCAACUCGAGUCGGCUGGGAGUCGGAUUGAACAGUCGGGUAGAAAAGCAGCAGCAGCAGCAACAGUAUCAGCAACUUUCGCCGAACCCUAGCUCGAACCCACAGCCAAGCCCACUCCCACUCCCAUCCGCCGUCAUCAUGGUGGACCGCCUGGUCAACUCAGAGGCCAACACCCGGCGCAUCGCUUCCGUGGAGAACUGCUUCGGCAGCUCGGGUGUGCCGCUGGCCAUGCAGGGCCGCGUCCUGGUGGGCGAGGGCGUCCUCACCAAGAUGUGCCGCAAGCGGCCCAAGUCGCGCCAGUUCUUUCUGUUCAACGACAUCCUUGUCUAUGGGAACAUUGUGAUUGGCAAGAAGAAGUACAACAAGCAGCACAUCAUGCCGCUGGAGGAGGUCUCGCUGGAGUCGAUUGCCGACAAUCAGGCGUACAGGAAUGGCUGGUACAUCCGCACCACCACCAAGUCGUUCGUGGUGUUCGCGGCCACCAGCACCGAGAAGCAGGAGUGGAUGGCCCACAUCAACAAGUGUGUGGAGGAUCUGCUACGCAAGAGCGGCAAGAAGCCGGUGGAAAACCAUGCCGCCGUUUGGGUGCCGGACACGGAUGCCAGCAUCUGUAUGCACUGCAAGAAGACGCAGUUCACCUUCAUUCAGCGCCGGCAUCACUGCCGCAACUGCGGCGCCGUCGUCUGCGCCGGCUGCUCGGCCAAGAAGUUCCUGCUGCCACAGCAGAGCACUAAGGCGCUGCGCGUCUGCGACGCCUGCUACGAACGCUUAAAGCAUGUGCCCAGCUCCCUGGACUCGGCUGCUGGUGGCGCCGUCGCCUCUGGCAACAAGCUCAACACAACUGCUGGCGACAGCUCCAACGACGAGGACUCCGACGAGGAGACAGCCUCCCCGGGCGGCGAGUCGCAUGACGAGCCGCGCUUCUAUGGCGACAACAGCGUGCUCUCCGCCGCCGACGACUCCUCGACGAUAACAUCGCCCUCCUCCGCCACCUCCGCGCCGGCGGCCAGCAGCUUGGAGGCUCCCCAGGUGGCUCCGACCGUCCAGAGCUCUCCGCCUGCCGUUGCGGCGGCGGGCACCAACUGUUGAGCGGACCAGAUAGCAAAUGUUUAUGCAAGACGAACAACGGAAGCGAUGCGAGCAGGAGGAGAUUAAGGAGAUACGCAAGAUGACCGUAUUCAAGGCGCGUCCGAAUCCAUUUAAAUAGUGCUCGAUGGAACCAGUCGACUACCAAACAUUUAAUCACCUUGUCCAAAUUUGUAUGAUGUAAAGUCGCUGCUACACAUUAACCGUGUCUACUACACCGGUUCAUAGUUUUACCACAUUAACACAGUUUUCGUCUCUAACAUUACUUUUACGCGUAUAUUUCGUUCCCUUUUUUGGCGGAUAAGAAACCACUAAAAUCGUAUGUUUGGCGGGAGGAUUAAACUAUAUGGAUAUGUAUACAAUAUAAGCAAUUUGCAAUUGCGAUCAUUAACUGUUUUCUAUUUGUACAAAGCCGAAAAAAAACAAUAAAUUAAUACUGUAAAUUAA